AUGAUUAUAGUAGACCGCAUGAUCGCUACGACCGACCACCAAGAAGUUAUGGUCGAGAGCCCUACUAUGAGCGAGGAGGGUUUGAUAGAUCGUCAUCGUAUUAUGAUAGAGGAGGCUAUGAUAGGGGAGGAUAUGAUAGGGGAGGAUAUGAUAGAGCAUAUGAUAGAGGAUAUGAUCGGAAAUGACAAUGGCAAUUGA